CAACUUGCCAUUAUCAAAAAAACCCAAAUACAAAAAGUCUCUUAAAUCGAAUCUCUUCUCGACCCCCCAGUCCGGCCGGUAAAAAUGUGGCGGAUGCUGGUGGUACUCCGGAAGAACCUCCAGAACAUCGGCAAAAGCUCACGAGUCGCCGACGAGAACAUGUAUGGAGGCAGGGUCAACGGUACUGAAUAUGUUGACAGAAGACGGCACGGUAUGAACGGCCUUUCCACCAUAUAUAACGUUGUACGGGCACCACUUUCCAUCAUCUCUUGCUUCUCUCAGCCGCGUGUUAACGGCGUUGACGGAGUUUGGGUAUCCGGGGAAUUUUCACAGACAUCGGAGAUUAAUCAUCUGAUGGUUAAUGACAGCAUGCGCUAUGCAAUCUUGAUGUAAGUAAAGUUUUUGGCUUUUUAAGGUUUGUAAGUUAGUAUAUUAGGACCAGAUAAAGGAUGCUUAAAGAGAUUGUUCUCUUUUUAUUGUGCCAAAAUGUUUUGCGUGGAUUGACAGAAGAUGGUUUUGCCUUACUCUUUCCUCCGUUUUUGGUUCAUCCACCGUGCACGUAGUACUUUUCCAAUUUGUAGUACAGAGAAAAGGCAUAUCGAUUCCAAUUUUUUGUUUCCGUUCGAGGAUUUUUGUCUUUGCUCUUGGUCUCCGGUCGGAAACGGUCGGAAAAAUAAUAUUAUUGCUACUGA